AUGAAAGAGAUUGCUGAUGAACCAAGUGGAACGAGAAGGAUCAGAAGAAAAGCUGUUCGAGAUGUUUCAGAACUCUGGCCUCAAGGUGUCAUGCCCUACGAGCUUCACCCAGAUUUACCACUGUCAAUGAAGACUACCGUCAUGGCGGCGAUGAAACACUGGGAAGACAACACAUGUAUAGAGUUCAGAGAAUAUUCACCGGAAGUAGCUGAAGAAUUAGGUCAUCAUGACCGAGUUUUAUUCCGAAAGGGAGAUGGAUGCACAUCUAAUAUCGGGCGUAACGGUGAUGGUGUUCAGGAGACUUCUAUUGGUACCAACUGUAAUAUACUUGGUUCUGUCGCCCAUGAAAUAGGUCAUUCCCUUGGUUACUAUCACGAGCAGAGUCGCCCAGAUAGAGAUGAACACGUGACCAUCAACUUUGCUAAUGUGGCGCCAUCUAUGAAAGCUAACUUCCUGAAGUAUGGAUACGAUCACGUGAGAACCGACGAGCCUUAUGAUGUGGGAUCCAUCAUGCACUAUGGACCGACGUUUUUAAGUCGAGAUGGCCAAUCAGAAACGAUCUCCCCUAAACAAAGGGCAUUGACUGGUUUUAUGGGACAGAGGAAAGCUCUAAGUUUUCUAGAUAUUAAAACAGCCAAUGAACUGUACCAAUGCAACGCUCACUGUUCAGUCAAACCGAUAUGUUUAAAUGCUGGAUUUGUUAAUGAAAGAUGUCGAUGUUCCUGUCCGUUUGGUGUAUCUGGCAAACUUUGUGAAACAGUCGCCUCCUCGUCUACAGGUUGUGGCGGAGUAUUGAAAGAAUCUAGUGGAAUUUUUAGAACCAGAAAUUAUCCACGAGACUAUGGUGAUCGAGUUGUCUGUAACUGGUUGAUCGAGGGACCCAAAAACUCCAACAUAACUCUGGAAUUUGAUCAUUUUGAAACCGAGGCUGAUAACUACGCCCCCUGUGGGUAUGAUUGGUUGGAAAUUAGAAAUAAAGGACCGGAAGUGCCUGGUUUGAAAUUCUGUGGAACUGGUCCAGAAGGUCCACUUCAUUUCACCACAAACCUUCUUUUCUUACAAUUUCGCUCUGACGAAUUCUAUAACGAAUUUUCCGGUUUUCAAGCUCGCUAUAAAAUAGAAUCCCCACCAGAUUAUAUUUGGGCUGAUUUCUCCGACUGGUCGCCAUGUAGUGCUAGAUGUGGUGGAGGGAGCCAGAUUAGAAAGAGAGACUGUUUAAAGGGACACUGUGAAGGGAUGAAGUUUGAGUUUAGAAGAUGUAAUAUUCAGCCAUGCUAGAGGGUUUAUUGAUACACUGAUAUAUUUUAUACUAUCCGUCCUUCCGUAAUCGAUAUUACUGUAACUUAUUCAAUAAAUUAAUCAAAGUUGAA